CUGCAGGAGUAUUACUACUCUAACAUCACAGCAAAGUGAACAUAUCAUUAUAGAUGAUAAUGAAGGGAUAUAAAAUUCAGGGAUUUGUAUACGGGAAUGACGUUGGAAGACUUGACAAAAUUAUUUUUGAGGGUAAAAUCUACACAUUUUUUAAUAUAAGAGUACGUCUUACAACUGCGGGACUAAAAAUUACAGCAAAUGACUACGAAUGUGUAAUCACAAGUGCUACAAAAGUUGAGGAAGUUACAGAAGGUUUCGCAAAAUUUCCAAAUUAUGCAUACUCAUUUGUUGCUUUGGAGAAAUUGGGUAAACUCAUCAACAAUAAAGUUCUGAUUGAUGUUGCAGGAAUGAUAGUUCAUGUGGAGAAGGCAGAGUUUAUAAAAGGACGCGAUGGCAAUCGUCCAAAAAGAGAGAUUAUAAUUAUGAAUAAAUCCCGUUGGUUCGUUAGAUUAACAUUGUGGGAUAGUCUUGUCACAACCCGAAUAGGCAUGUGGAAAGAUGCAAUACAAAAAAAACUUAUAAUAGUUGCAACUGCACUGCACGUAGAUUUUCGUAAAGGGGUUUGUUUGUCAACAAGUUUCGCAACGAAGAUACUUAUCAAUCCACAAAUUGCUGAAGUUGAGGAGAUCAAAAGGAGCCUUCUUUAACAUCAAGAUACAUAAUGCAGCGAGAAUAUUGACAUCAAUUAUGCACAGAAGAUGGCUAUUGGAUCAAUGAUGCAGAGAAGAU